AUGGAGGCAUCACGAGGGCCCCCGAAGGUCAAGAACAAGGCCGCUGCGCCUGUUCAGAUCUCUGCCGAGCAACUUCUCCGAGAGGCUGUCGACCGGCAAGAAGUCGCCCUUCAAGCACCUACCCAGCGGUUUGCCGAUCUAGAGGAGCUUCACGAAUUCCAGGGCCGAAAACGACGAGAAUUCGAGGACUAUGUGCGACGCAACAGAGUCAACCUCAACAACUGGAUGCGAUAUGCAGACUGGGAGCUUGAGCAGAAGGAAUUCGCGCGCGCAAGAUCAAUCUUCGAGCGCGCGCUCGAUGUGCACCCCAACGAGAUCAAGUUGUGGAUCAGAUACAUCGAGUCAGAGAUGAAAUGCCGAAACAUCAACCAUGCGCGAAAUCUUCUCGACAGGGCCGUCACACGACUACCUCGUGUCGAUAAACUUUGGUACAAAUAUGUGUACAUGGAGGAGAUGCUGGGUAACGUUCCCGGAACCCGCCAAGUAUUUGACCGUUGGAUGCAAUGGCAGCCUGAUGAAGCUGCGUGGAGCGCAUACAUUAAGCUGGAAAAGAGAUACAAUGAGUUCGACCGAGCCAGAGAUAUCUUCAGAGCUUUCACCCUCGUCCACCCGGAACCUCGAAACUGGAUCAAGUGGGCCAAGUUUGAGGAGGAAUUUGGCACUAGCGACAUGGUGCGCGAUGUUUUUGGUACUGCGAUUGAAGAGCUGGGUGACGAAUUCGUGGAUGAGAAGCUCUUUAUUGCUUAUGCGAGGUACGAGGCGAAGUUGAAGGAGUACGAAAGAGCGAGGGCAAUUUUCAAGUAUGCGCUGGAUCGCCUUCCUCGCUCUAGAUCGAUGAUCCUUCACAAGGCUUACACGACGUUCGAGAAGCAAUUUGGAGACAAAGAUGGCGUCGAAGAUGUCGUACUUUCGAAACGCCGUGUUUACUACGAAGCGCAAGUCAAGGAGAACCCGAAGAACUACGAUACAUGGUUCGACUACACACGGCUGGAGGAAACCGCGGGCGAUCUCGACAGAGUCCGCGACAUCUACGAAAGGGCAGUAUCGCAAGUACCACCGGCGCAAGAGAAGAGGUUCUGGAGACGGUACAUUUACCUCUGGAUCAACUACGCCAUCUUCGAGGAGCUGCAGGCAAAGGACACGGAGCGAGCAAGGCAGAUCUACAAGGUUUGCCUGGAGCUGAUACCCCAUAAGAAAUUCACCUUUGCCAAGGUCUGGCUGCUCAAGGCGCAAUUCGAGAUUCGGCAGGGUGAGCUGACGGCGGCUCGCAAGACCCUGGGCCAGGCUAUUGGCAUGUGCCCGAAGGACAAGCUAUUCAGGGGUUACAUUGAGCUGGAACUGAAGCUCUUUGAGUUUUUGCGCUGCCGAACACUCUACGAAAAGCACAUUGAGUGGAACGCCUCCAACUGCCAGACGUGGAUCAAGUUCGCCGAGCUCGAGCGUGGUCUCGAUGACUUGGAGCGGACCCGAGCCAUCUUCGAGCUAGCUGUGAGCCAGCCGGUUCUCGAUAUGCCCGAGUUGCUCUGGAAGGCAUACAUCGACUUUGAGGAAGAGGAGGAAGAGUACGAGCGGACGAGAGAGCUCUACGAGCGCCUCCUCGAGAAGACGGAUCACGUCAAGGUCUGGAUCAGCUACGCCCACUUUGAGCUCAACAUACCCGAGGAGGAGGAGGAGGAGGAAGCAGAAGAGGAAGCACCGAUCAGCAAGGAGGCCAAGACGAGGGCGCGCAAGGUGUUUGAGCGCGCGCACAAGAGUAUGCGCGACAAGGAGCUCAAGGAAGAGACGGUUACGCUGCUCAACGCGUGGUUGUCAUUCGAGAGGAUACACGGCGGGGACGACGAGAUUGAGAAUGUGCAGAAGCUGAUGCCGCGCAAGACGAAGCGCAGAAGGCGCUUGGAGGACGACAGCUUCGAGGAGUAUAUCGACUACGUCUUCCCCGCCGACGACAAGCAGACGCAGAACCUGUCGAAUCUGUUGGCCAUGGCGCAGGCCUGGAAGCAGCAGGGAGGAGAUGCUGCGGCAUAG